AUGGGCAGUCUGCUGUCUAGCGACUUAUGUGAGUUGGUAUUACGUAAGUUGGAAGAAACAGUCAUACCAAAGUAUAGUUCUAAUGUAAUUAUUUAUAAGAGAUAUGUGGACGAUGUCUUUAUCCUGUGGAAAACGAAACCACGCAUAAAUGACUUUUUGAACCACAUAAACAACAAUCCAUACGGGCUGACCCUGAAACUAGAUCAAAUGACUUCCACCAACGCACACUUUUUGGACAUCAACAUCAUGCUCAACGGUAAAAACAUUGAUACGGAUAUAUAUUAUAAACCCAGCUACAUCCCAUGGUUUAUACCGGCAAACUCAGCGGACCCGUACACUUAUAAAAUCGCAGCAUUCCGGGCGUUGAUUAAAAGAGCAUUUACGCACCCUUCUAAGUGGAGUGACACGAUAACUGAGCUACAAAAUAUAGAACGCGUUGCAGUUGCACAUGGAUACAGAAAAGAACUAGUACAAAGAAUGGCAAAUGCCUAUUUACGAACACAUGAAACACAGGAGGCACCCAUUACUAAAAAUGAUAAUCAAGAGCCAAACAGAAGACGCAACAUAGUUGAAUACAGCAAACGAUUUCAAGCGUUAUAUAGAAAAAUUGCAACUAAAACGAACACCAGGGUAGCGUAUCGAAGAACCCCCAAUGUAUACCAAUUACUACGUAAUGCAAAAGACAAACAGAACGAUCUGAGAGCUCAGGGGGUAUAUUGUAUUCCGGUGAGAGAUGAUAGGUUUAAGCAAGAAAUGGUAUACAUCGGCUCCACGAAGCGUUCAAUCCAACAAAGAGUUAAAGAGCACAAAUAUGACAUAGAACAUGCUCGUUACACCACUGCACUAUCCACCUACGCAACCGACCCGGAUAUUCACGCGGAACUAUCAAAAGCCAGAUUAAUAAAUAGAGCUUUUCAUACGGAUCACAUCAGAGCCCUUGAAGCCCUGGAAAUCUACAAAGCAGGCCGGACAGAGAGAUGUAUAAACACCAAAGACGGAAACACGCUUUCUUAUGCUUGGCGUUACGUAUGCGAAGAACAACAAAAACGAUGA